AUGGCCACAAGAGGGAACGAUUUCUUCAUUGCUGAGGGAAUAGCUCCCCCAGAAAGGAUCCUGUUUCCACCGGAGAAGAUUUACAUGGUCUGGCAGCAGCAGCAGAGUGCUGGAGCGGGGCUGUUCAAUAUGGGCAACACGUGCUUCCUCAACGCUGUCCUGCAGUGUUUGACCUACACCCCGCCACUGGCCAACUACCUGCUGUCCCGAGAGCACAGCAAGGCCUGUCAGCAGCAAGGUUUCUGCAUGAUGUGCACCAUGGAAGCACACGUUAACAAGGUCUUGCGUUCCCCUGUCAGACAAACUUCUUCUUUCUUAGGCAUAGGAGAACAUUUUCAGCUGGGUAUGCAGGAAGAUGCCCAUGACUUCUUGUGCUGUACAGUCAAUGCCAUGCAGAGAGCUUGUCUGAGCGCAAGCAGCGACUUGGACCUCUCUUCUGAAUCCACUACCAUCAUCCAUCAAAUAUUUGGGGGCUUUCUGAGAUCCAGAGUCACCUGCUUCAGCUGCAAAGCCGUUUCUGACUCCUACGAGGCCUUCCUGGAUGUUCCUUUGGAUAUCAAUGCAGCCUCGUCCCUCACUGCAGCUCUGGAAGAGUUUGUGACACCUGAGCAGCUGGAUGGUGAAAACUGCUUUAAAUGCAACAAGUGUAAGGAGAAGGUUGCUGCCUCCAAGAGGUUCACAAUCCACUGUGCACCCAAGGUUCUGACGGUGUGUCUGAAACGGUUUGACUGUUUGACCGGCGGGAAGAUGAACAAGGCUGUGGAGUACCCCGAGUACCUGGAUCUCCGCCCGUACAUGUCCGAGGCCGAUGGAGAGCCCCUCUAUUACUCCCUGUAUGCUGUCCUGGUGCACAGUGGCUACAGCUGCCAUGAAGGACACUAUUUCUGCUACACCAAGGCCAGCAACGGGCUGUGGUACCAGAUGGAUGAUGAGUCUGUGGAGCUUCGUAGCAUUGACACAGCUCUCGGGCAGCAAGCCUACCUGCUGUUUUAUGCCAGGUGA